UGUGAGGGCAGAGCCACUGCUCGGACCAGACGGCAGCGGUAUGGCGCUCCGGGGAGCCUGCCUGCUCCUCUGCCUCCUUUCCCUCGCCCAGGUCUCCGGUCAGCAGAACGGCAAAGCCCGGCAAAAACUGGCGGCUUCCAAGAAAGAUGGUGUGAGCCUCAAAAUGAUUGAAGACCUGAAGGCCAUGAUUGACAACAUCUCUCAGGAGGUUACUCUACUGAAGGAAAAACAAGCACUCCAGACAGUUUGCCUGAAAGGCACCAAAAUUCACCUAAAAUGCUUUCUGGCAUUUUCGGAGACCAAGACAUACCACGAGGCCAGCGAAAAUUGCAUCUCUCAGGGCGGCACGCUCAGCACGCCCCAGAACGGGGAGGAGAACGAUGCCCUCUACGACUACAUGCGCAAGAGCAUUGGCUCGGAGGCUGAGAUCUGGCUAGGCCUCAAUGACAUGGCUGCAGAGGGCAAGUGGGUCGACAUGACGGGCAGCCCCAUCCGCUACAAGAACUGGGAGACUGAAAUCACCACCCAGCCCGAUGGUGGCAAGCUGGAAAACUGUGCAGCUUUGUCGGGGACCGCCAUUGGCAAGUGGUUCGACAAGAGGUGCCGAGAGCAUCUGCCCUACGUCUGCCAGUUCAUGAUUGUGUAGCGGCGGGGCCUCCCCCCCUGCCCAGCCAGCCCGGAUCCCCACGCUGGGCAGCAGGAUGAUGGAGCUGUAGUUGUGUGUACACCUCCACGUACAUCUGCACACACACACACACGCACAUGUUCAGUCACCCUUUGCAAAGAGUCACCGUGGCUCAUUGUCGGGUUAUAGAGCUCUAGAGCAUUUCCUUUGGCCACAUCCAGCCCUAUUUGCAGCUGCACUGCUCUUCCUAAGGCAUGAUUUAUAGAUAUAAAUUUUUUUACACAAGGAAUUUAUUAGGGUAGCUCAGUUGUUCCAGCAAAGAACCAGUUCAGCAGUCCAGCCUGGCAUACAGCUGCCUCAGCUGCCCAGGGCUGUCACUCUGCAGCGUCCUUUCCCAGUUUACUGAGCUUCCUUGGGACACCAACAUAGGCAAUUUCUGCUUUCUUCUCGUCUUUUGCUUCCCCAUAAGUCCUGGAAGCAAUUUGUGAGGGUUCUGUGUUCCUCACAGUGUCUCAAUUCAGCCUUGUGAGGAUCAAGGUCCUGUCUCGAUGAGCAGAGGGAACUACCCCUGCUUUGUAUUGAGAGAUUCAAUUUGGCUUAUUUGGCAGGGUACCAGCUGCUCAAGGGGUUGUCCAACUAGUCAAAUUACGUGUAUGACUGAAUUAGCAAGUUACAGGCAUGUUUGGUGCUUUUUCUCACCAGCCAAAAGCCAGCUUCACUAACUUCAGUGGGAAAGCAAGACCCGCUGCCAGAUCCUUUGAAAAAAAUCCCAUCAAAAGUUUAUUUAUGCUGCGGUGUCAAGGGGAAAGCAGCGAAGACUUGGAGCAUAGUUAGUCAACAGUAUUACUAGAAAUAGGUGUGUGUAUUACAUAAAAACAUAAAUGUAAUACUCUUAGGGAGUAUGUUGCUAUAUAAAAAUAACUAUAUAUGGAAAAUAAGCCCCAGGACAACACAUUCCAGCAGCUUUAGGAAUGACCUGACCUGUUUAUAUGACUGGAAUCCAGAUGAACUAUUCCAGUCUUUGCUGGUUCUCAGCAAAUGUAAAUCUGCUGAGCACUGUUUGUGCCAAUAUUGUCAUGGCCAGCUGAAGGUCUGACCUCAGUGAUUUUUUACUGAGAAGUAAAAAGAAAAGAAAAGAAUAAACAGCAAUGGUGAGAAAGAAGUCCAUGUCACCCUGGCAGCUUAACAAAGCUUUGCUGUCUGUUGGCUGAAAGGUAUCAGUGGUUCUUUGCAGUCCAAUGCUUGGUAAUAACCCCUCCAGUUUGGGUCACCCACCCUGCGCUUCCAGGUUGUAGGUGUCAAGAUAGGAUCCUGCCCAUGGGACAGGUAUUCCAAUUUGCUGCUUUGUUUAAAAGGAGCAUGGUGGUAGAUCUUCCAAGACAUCUAGUCUGAGCCAAGCUGGAAACACACACAUGCACACAAAUGCAGAGUGCACGCUUCAGAGGUUGUCACUAUUGCCAAACUCUCCGCUGUUCAAAUGACUAUAAAAUAAAAAUAUCUCUAUAGCUUGCUGAAGGAA